AUGGCCUGCGCGCCCAUAAUUGCCCCCUCGCCUUCGCCCUGGUUGACCGUAAUCGCCAUCCUAAUCCCCCUUCCGCCUCGUCCCCCCUUUGGCUCAGCUUUAUCUCUCACUUUUCGUAACUAUGGCGCACGCGAGCUAUUUGUAGGUACAACAUCUUUUCGCCAUAAGGGUCACUUGCUUGGGCAGAGCAGCCGACUGACUGUCUGUUCUCAGGUCGUGUAUCCGCGACAGACGUCGUCAGUGACGCCCUCGACUUCGUCCCACUUACGCCCGCCCCCUCACGGCUUUUCAGAGGCAAAGACCUCGGGUCAUCCUGAUGCCAUGCCUUACAACCCCUCGGAACUUGUCGCCAUUUCUCAGUUUGGCCCAAUCGUCGCCAGCCGCCCCAGCCCAGGCCUGGGCGCGUGGCCCAUGUUCUGUCGUCUCCGUUUGUCGACAUUCGCUUCGCUUCUCUUUUAA